ACCGACAAAGCAAUAGUCUUCACAUCUCCAUCAUACCACAAGAAGAAGGAAUCCUAACUGCUAUUUUUUUAGUCUUCUGGAAAGUACCACAAAAGGAAUACCAAUCUGUGCUUUGCUAAAUUGUAGCAAGCAUCAUGGAUAAAUAUUUAAACACAGAGGAGGCAUCUGCCUCAGCAAGUCAUCUGCCAGUGGCAUUGUCACAGGAGCCACCAGCAAAGACAGAGAACCAGCUAGAUUCUAACAAGAGUAAGAAGAAAGAUGAAAGGACAGUACCAUAUUAUAAGCUUUUUUCUUUUCCUGAUCCCUUGGAUUAUCUAUUAAUGUCUGUUGGAACCAUUGGUGCUGCUGGAAAUGGGCUCUGUAUGCCCCUACUGACUCUGAUCUUUGGAGAUGUAGUGAAUGCAUUUGGGAAAAAUGCAGAUAUCAAAGAAGUCGUUCAUGACGUUUCUAUGGUCUCCUCAUACUUUGUAUAUUUGGCUAUUGGGUCUGGAAUUGCAGCAUUUCUCGAGAUAACUUGCUGGAUUAUCACUGGAGAAAGACAAGCUGCACGAAUACGAACUAUGUACCUCAAAACCAUUCUAAGGCAAGACAUUGCCUUUUUUGAUAAAGAUACACAAACUGGAGAAAUCAUUAGCAGGAUAUCUGGUGAUACUGUUGGAAGAUUCAUACAGCUAAUAGCAGCAUUUAUAGGAGGAUUUGCUAUAACAUUUUCCAAGGGAUGGCUUCUCACACUUGUCUUGAUUUCUUCUAUUCCACCACUUGUAUUUGCUGGUGCUGUCAUGAGUAUUAUCAGUGCAAAACUGGCAUCUUAUGGGCAAACUGAAUAUUCAGUUGCAGCAAAUGUAGUGGAGCAGACAAUUAGCUCAAUUAGAAUGGUAGCAUCUUUUACUGGAGAGAAGCAAGCUAUAGCUAGCUAUGACAAGUCAUUACUAAAAGCUUACAAGGCUGGUUUGAAAGAGGGCUGGGUUUCUGGAAUAGGAAUUGGUGUGGUAACAAUUAUUGCAUUCAGCACCUUUGCAUUGGCUAUAUGCUUCGGUGGGAAAAUGAUAGUUGAGAAUGGAUAUACAGGGGGAGAUGUCAUAAAUAUACUGUUUUCUGUGUUGGUUGGAUCCUUCUCUCUAGGACAGGCAUCUCCAUGCAUGACUGCAUUCGCUGCUGGACAAGCUGCAGCUUUUAAGAUGUUUGAGGCAAUAGAAAGGAAGCCGGAUAUAGAUGCUUAUGACACUAAUGGAAAUGAGCAAAUAUUCAGUGGAUUCUCCCUCUCUAUACCGAGAGGCACAACUACAGCCUUGGUGGGAGAGAGUGGAAGUGGGAAAUCUACAGUUAUUAGUUUGAUUGAGAGAUUUUAUGACCCUCAGGCAGGUGAAGUCCUAAUAGAUGGUAUUAAUCUAAAAGAGUUCCAGCUUAGAUGGAUCAGACAGAAAAUAGGCCUUGUCAGUCAGGAACCUGUGCUGUUUGCUUCUAGCAUAAGAGAUAAUACUGCCUAUGGAAAAGACGGUGCCACUGAUGAACAAAUAAGGGCUGCUGCUGAACUUGCCAAUGCUGCCAAAUUCAUAGAUAAACUGACUCAGGGACUAGACACACUGGUGGGAGAGCAUGGAACUCAGCUAUCUGGGGGUCAAAAGCAGAGAGUUGCCAUAGCUAGAGCAAUUCUGAGAGACCCAAGAAUCCUACUUCUAGAUGAAGCCACGAGUGCUCUUGAUGCAGAAUCUGAAAAAGUUGUGCAAGAGGCAUUGGACAGAAUCAUGAUCAACAGAACUACAAUAAUUGUUGCACAUCGCUUGAGUACUAUAAGGAAUGCUGACAUGAUUGCUGUAAUUCAUAGAGGAACAAUUGUUGAAAAAGGUACACACUUUGAGCUAAUCAAUGAUUCUGAUGGAGCAUACUACCAGCUUAUAAGGUUGCAAGAAAUUAGCAUGGUCUCGGAACAAAAUGUUCAGAAUGAUUCAGAAAGGCCAGAAAUAAGUGCAGAUUCUGGAAGGUAUCCAAGUGAAAGAAUAUCAUUUUUAAGAUCCAACAGUCGUGGAUCAUCCGGAGUUGGAAACGGUAGCCAGCAUUCCUUCUCACUUUCAUUUGGUAUUAUCCCCACAGGAAUCGGUGUCCAAGAAACAGAACCUACAGAACCCAGCAAACCAGCCUUAGUAGCAUCUCAGCCACCUCCAGAAGUUUCACUUUGCCGCCUAGCUUAUCUGAACAAGCCAGAGAUUCCUUCAUUACUACUUGGUACCAUUGCUGCUGGAGUCAAUGGAGUAGUAUAUCCCAUGAUAGGCUUCCUGCUGAGUAAGGCAAUCAAAUCAUUUUAUGAGCCAGCACAUUUACUCCGUAAGCAUACAGAUUUCUGGGCACUGAUGUAUCUUUGUCUUGCCUUGACAUGCCUCUUGGCUAACCCCUUCAAAUCAUACUUCUUUGCUGUGGCGGGUUGCAAGUUGAUAAGAAGGAUUAGACUAUUGUGCUUUGAGAAAAUUGUUCACAUGGAAGUAAGCUGGUUUGAUGAGGCUGAACAUUCUAGUGGUGCAGUUGGUGCCAGGCUUUCUGCAGAUGCAGCAUCAGUGAGAAGUCUAGUAGGAGACGUACUUGGUUUGCUCAUUCAGAAUAUUGCAUGUAUAAUUGCUGCUUUAAUUAUUGCUUUCAAAGCAAACUGGCAAUUGUCUCUCUUAAUGCUUGUGCUUAUGCCUAUGAUAGGACUUAACAGUUAUCUUCAAAUGCUUUUCAUCAAACGUGGUUUCAGUGCCGAUGCUAAGAAAAUGUACGAGGAAGCAACUCAAGUCAUGAGUGAUGCAGUUGGAAAUAUUAGAACAGUUGCUUCUUUCUGUGCUGAAGAGAAAGUAUUGGAACUUUACCAGAAAAAAUGUUCAGGUCCAAUGAAAAAUGCAAUGAAGCAAGGGUUGGUAGGCGGUUCAGGUUUUGGAGCAUCAUUCUUCUUGCUCUAUUCUGUCUAUGCUGCCAGCUUCUAUGCUGGGGCUAGACUUCUUCAAGUUAGGAAGAUAACAUAUUCUGAAAUUUUUCGUGUCUUUCUUUCCGUCACUACAGCUGUCUAUGGAGUUUCUCAGUCAGGUUCCUUUGUCCCUGAUGCUGGUAAAACAAGUAGUGCUGCUGCUUCUGUGUUUGCACUUCUUGACAGGAAGUCUAAAAUAGACUCUAGUGAUGACUCUGGAAUAACAAUAGAAAAGUUCAAGGGAGAAAUUGAGAUGAGGAAUGUCAGUUUUAAGUACCCUACAAGGCCUGACGUUCAAAUUUUCCGAGAUCUCUGCCUAACCAUUCAUUCUGGCAAGACAGUUGCUCUUGUUGGAGAAAGUGGGAGUGGAAAAUCUACGGUAAUAUCAUUGUUGCAAAGAUUCUACGAUCCUAAUUCAGGUCAGAUCACACUUGAUGGGGUUGAAAUCCAGAAGUUACAGCUCAAGUGGUUGAGGCAGCAAAUGGGGCUGGUCAGCCAGGAGCCUGUGCUGUUCAAUGACACUAUCAGGGCCAAUAUUGCAUACGGAAAGGAAGGAAAUGCCACAGAAACAGAAAUUAUAGCUGCAGCAGAAUUGGCUAAUGCCCACAAAUUCAUAAGCUCCUUACAACAGGGGUAUGAUACAACAGUAGGAGAGCGAGGGGUCCAGUUAUCUGGGGGACAGAAGCAGAGGGUGGCAAUUGCUCGGGCUAUAGUUAAGGCUUCAAAAAUAGUACUACUAGAUGAGGCCACAAGUGCUCUUGAUGCAGGAUCUGAAAAGCUUGUUCAGGAUGCACUAGAUAGAGUCAUGGUGGACAAAACUACAGUGGUGGUGGCACACCGUUUAUCUACCAUCAAGGGAGCUGAUUUGAUAGCUGUGGUGAAAAAUGGAAUCAUUGCAGAGAAAGGAAAACAUGAAGCAUUGAUGAAAAUAAAAGAUGGCAUUUAUGCUUCCUUGGUAGCAUUGCAUAGAAGUGCUUCAUCUCAGUAAGCUUCUCCUGCCCAGGAUCCUAUGCCUUAUAUUUUCUCAAUCCAACUCAAACACAGUAAAUAAUCUAAUGUACUGGAAACAAAGAAAGUAAAUUUUCCUUAUUUUUGAUAAUGUGCAUAGAAAUGUGAAUCAAACUGUUGCUGAUAAAAUAUUUGAUUGGUUUGCUGACGUUCUGGACUUAGGAAAAUCGUACAGUAAAGAAAUGAGAUUUAA